GCACGCGGCCCCCACGACUCUCGAUAUGAUGCUUCGUUGCUCGUUAAAAGUUGCAGAUCGUAUAUUUUAGCCGAGCUAUAUUAGAAAUUGUAAUUAUUCACGUCGAGCAUGGACUACAAGGAUGAGCAGCGCAACGAGAUCGAGGCCUUGGAGUCGAUUUAUUGCGGGGAAUUGGAGAUUUUAGCGACCGAGCCGUUUUACACAUUUGCCAUAGCGAUCAAGACGGAGGAAUAUGAACCAGAGACUGUCAAUGGUCUUGGCUGUCGAUUGGAAUUUACGUAUACGUCCAAAUAUCCGGAUGAGCCGCUGGUCAUAUCAAUCUCGGAGCAGGAAAAUCUCGAGGAUGGCGACGACGAGAAAUUGAAGGCACAUCUGGCGGAACAGAUGAGCGAGAAUCUUGGAAUGGUAAUGGUCUUUACGUUGGUCAGCGCAGCUCAAGAAUGGCUCAAUGUACAAUGGGACAGAAUAAAACUGAGGAGAGAAGAGACUGCGGCGAAAAAGCAGAAAGAGGAAGAAGAGGCAGAAAGGAAACGAUUCGAGGGAACUCGCGUAACCGUGGAAUCAUUCCUAAGCUGGAAAGAGAAGUUUGACGAAGAAAUGGGCUACACAAAACGGAGAGAAUUGGCAGAUCGCGAGGGCAAAAAGUUAACGGGCCGGGAAUUAUUUAUGACCGACAAGACGUUGGAUCAGUCGGAUCUUAAAUUCUUAGACGACGGUGAUGCUGUAAAAGUAGAUGAGAGUCUGUUCCAAAAUCUGGAUGAUCUAGAUUUAGAUGACGACGAAGACGACCCAGACUAUGAUCCAAAUAUCUCGGAUGAUAGUGCCUAAACAAAUUUGAUUCAGUAGCCACCAAAGUGAUACGUAGAACUAAUUGAACAGGAAUUUACUAAAUUAUUACUAAAGAAAAAGGAAGAAUGAGUAAAGUAUAUAUUUUAAGUACUAGAAUUUCUCUUGCAAGCAUGGAUACUGUAUUUAGUGAAGAGUGGCAGUGAUGAACGAAUCGGCAUGGUUGAAACAGAAAAUACGAUAUUUCUUCAACCGAUGCUUUAUUGGAAGACAAUUCACAAAACGGAAUAUUUAAGGAAUGAGAUAAUUUUUAUACUUGUGUAUAUAUAAAUUAUGUUCAUAAGCUUUGAUUAUAUUAAAGAAACCUAUAUCUCGUA